CUUAGUAAUCCAAAAUGAAUAAUGGAUUAAUGAUUUUAGAUGUCUUUCUUGCUUACAGCCAGAAGUGACUUCUACCAACCGAAAUAUAGAUUUGAAAGAUGUGAAAAAGUGAAAGGAAUAUGUAAAACAUUUUGUGAUGAUGUUGAGUAUGAUUACGGAUACUGCAUUAAAUGGAGAAAUCAGUGCUGCAUAUAAACCCUGGAAAACAGAAGUACUCUGAGCGUCAAAAGCUAAAAUAAAGGUGCGUCUUAAUGACUUAAGAAUAGGUUAAAAAAUUCAAUGUUUAGUGAAAAUAUGCAUUUUUAAAUUCUAAACACCACUUUUUUCAUAAAUAAAAACAUUUUUCAGUCUUCUGCCUAUUCAUUAAUUGCUCACCUUUUUAUUUGUGAUGGAUGGAUAUAUUAAUGGAGGGGAACACAAUCUAAUUAUGUUUAUAAUCUCAUUAUUGCCACUCUGCCACCCACACCUUUAUAUUUAUCUGAGCCACACUUCUCCCUUGGUAAAUACCUGUAUGUACUUUAUGUCCAGCUUUACUGUGAGGAUCAUAUUUAUGUUCAUAGAUCCUUGUUUUCACAUCAAAGUUUCUUUCUGUAUAAACUUCCAUCUUUCCUCAAAAGAAAA